UGAUGACGAUGAUGGCGUACAGGAAACUGCCGGUUCAAUUGGGCGUGGAUCGUUGCGCAGAUCUGUAAACACUGUUAAUAGUGAACUGGGAUUGUGUAUUACCAUACGCGGUGCAUGUUUGUGUUAUCAGUAAAUCCCUUUAGUCUUUGUCUCGCCGAAGGGCGUGUUUAGUCAGUAGGACUUCAGGAGGUGUGAAGACGCGUACUAAAACAAGGGACUGCACCAAGUCAGCGGACGUGACCUGUGAGCCCUGACCUCCUGUUUACCGAAGAGUUCACUCCAGCCAGAGUCAGCGGGAUGGAGCAGGAGGAGGCUCUGUGCUUUUUGAAGGCAUUUUUGGAGGAGUUUCCAGCUGCUCUGGAGGAAGGCGCUUCACUUCCUGUUAGCCCUCUUAGUCGUAAAUUCACAAUGGAGGAGUUGCAUGGAGAGAGCCUGGAGCUGGGCCUGAGGCUAUUGGCAAACAGGGGUGCUUCUCCAAGACUCGGUGCCCUCCUUUGCCAGGCAGCAUAUUCCCAGCUGCUGCAGACUGACCUUUUACCUUACCAGUGCCCUGAGGAACCUGAAGGUGACCAAGAAGAGAAGGCAGAUGACAAAGCAGUCUUAUUUCAAUCAGAGGCAGUCCAACGCACCUUCCUGAAUAAACUGAUAGAUGUAGCACUGGCGUGGCACAGAAACUUCCCCAAGGUGGCUCUUUGUCCCUCUCGCAACCUCCAGUGCUCCAUUCAUGCCAUCAAAAACACCCGGAGAAAAAUGGAGGACAGACAUUUGGCUUUAGCCGAGUUCAACCAGCUCUUUGGAAUUCAGGAUGAUGUAGAUCGUGCUUACUAUGCUGUGUUUGAUGGCCAUGGAGGGGUGGAUGCAGCAACCUACGCUUCCACUCACCUCCAUGUUGUUCUAAGUAAACAGGAGAUGCUGCAGAGUGAUGCAACCACAGCCUUUAAAACAGCCUUCAAACGCACAGAUGACAUGUUCAGAAACAAGGCCAAGAGAGAGCGUCUCCGGAGUGGCAGCACAGGAGUGGCAGUACUGAUCCAGGAUCAAGAGCUGACUGUUGCUUGGCUGGGAGACUCUCAGGCAAUACUGGUCAGAGAUGGGCAUGUUGUUAGACUCAUGGACCCACAUAAACCAGAGAGAGAGGAUGAGAAACAGAGAAUUGAGGAUCUUGGAGGCUGCAUUACUU